CGAUCGGCUGCGCGAAUUAGUCGAGUGUUUAGUCAUAAACUAUCAUCUGUGUUUUGGUGCCAAUCAUCUGGACGGCCGCGGGACACUCCACCAACCAGCCCGGACGCCCAGUCAACCCGUGCAAAGUCCCAGGACGCGCGAGAUGCUCGCUGUAGCUGACAAAGUCCGCAGGAAGCACUGAUCACCGCGCGACCUGUUUUCCAAGCGCGCGCCAACUACGAUUUGUGAGCUUGCUGCUUUAUGAUGCAGCAGGGGGAUGGUCAAGGGCUCGUCCCUCUGCUCGCAAAGGCCACAUUCGAAGGGUCGAAUGAGCCUAAACCGCAGGGAACCAGGGGUGGCACUGGGCAGCAGUCGACCUGGGCCCAAAGGGUAGGUUCGGCCGUGCUCUACUGCGCAGCCUCCCUGCUGAUCACCCUGAGCAACAAGAUUGUGCUCACCAGCUUCGAUUUUCCGUCAGCAGAACUACUAGGCCUGUGCCAGCUGGCGGCCACCGUGGCCGUUUUGACCCUUGGCCGCCUGCUGAAGGUGGUGCGGGUGCCUCCCCUGAGCGGGGCCGUGCUGCGCGUCGCGUGGCCGCUGCCCUGUCUCUUCCUGGCCAACCUGCUGUUCGGCCUGGCGGGAACCAAGUCGCUCAGCUUGCCCAUCUUCAUUGCUCUGCGCAGGUUCACCAUCGUGAUGACCAUGCUGGCCGAAGUUGUCCUCCUUCGAACGAUGUCGAUGGCAAAAAUGUUGGCAGGACGCGUCGGCUUGACCGCGUGGCGCCGUCGAAGCACCUGGCUAGGUCUUAUGCUGGUCGUUAUGGUGUUGCUCGUCUGCCUACAGUUCUACUCGGAACCCACCUACCUGAGAAUCUUCAACCUGGUGCCGCCCAAGAGCCAUAGCUCGAACCUGAUUGGCAAGGACAACAGAAAUCAGGACAAAGUACACGCAUCGUCCUACUCUGCUAAGGUGGAGGUGAGCACACCCUACGUGGAAGGUAACGAAGUGCAACGCAACUAUGAGGAGGAGCAGAGGGCGGCUAACGCUUACUUCAACAUGCCGAGUCGCGAUGACAUUUACAACAGACGUCAGCAAACGCAGGAAACCGAAAAAUCUAAAUCGGGUACAACAACUACACUUAGCUCAACUACGACCAAAAAGUAUAUAAUUAACUCACGCAAUUUCUUUCAAUCUCUAAUUGGAACCAGUUUGAACAAUUCCAUGACACUGACAGUGAAAUCAUUUAAUACGACUGGGAAUUUGAUCAAUACCGCGGCUUCGAUCACGGUCUCCUCACCGACCGCAACAAAAAAACAUACAAACAACCAAACCGCAUCACUAACCACAAAGGUUAUAACUGCUACUCAAAGAAGCAAAAAAGAACCGGACUACCUCGAGCAACAGGGCAUCACGCGAGUGGCCCUCAACCCAAAGAACCCGUACAUUCCGCCUCACAGGCUGGUGCAUUUUGACCUGAAGGGUGCACCGCCAAAAAUGACUUAUCUUCUGCAACUGCUUCCCAUAUUCAAGCAGCUUGGCGCCACUGGCGUUUUGCUUGAGUGGGAGGACAUGUUCCCCUUCAAAGGUCCCCUGGCCUCGGUGGCCGCUCUUAAUCACUAUACCGAAGAAGAGGUUAUCCAGCUGCUUACAAAAUGCAAAGAACUUGGUCUAGAGGUGAUUCCACUGGUGCAGACCUUUGGUCAUCUGGAGUUUGUGCUGAAAAUCGAGCAGUUCAGCAAUUUACGCGAGCUGCCAGAUAUUCCUCAGGCGCUGUGCCCUUCAAAGAACAGCUCUUUCAAGAUGGUGACAAAACUGCUGCACCAGGUGUACGAAUUACACUCAAAAGUGACGCGGCCCAGGUACAUUCACAUCGGGUGCGACGAGGUGUUCACCAUGGGCGAGUGCGACCUGUGCCGCAAGAAGGCCCGGGAUGACGUCUUCCUCGACCACGUGGCCAAGGUGGCUGGCUUUGUGCGCUCCCAGUUUAACGCUACCCCCAUCAUUUGGGACGACAUGCUGCGGCAUUUGAUGCCGGACCAGCUCCGUAAAAUCGGGGACCUCGUCGAGCCCAUGGUUUGGGUGUACGCUGAGAACGUUUACCACUUUGUGCAGACCUCGGUCUGGGACAAGUACGCGUCUAGCUUCCCCACGGCUUGGACGGCCAGUGCUUUCAAAGGCGCCUUUGGGGAAACGAUCAACGUGCCAAACGCGAAGAGACAUUUGGAGAAUAAUUUACGUUGGCUUGAGGUAAUGACAAACGAAAAUCGCAAGUUCCGCGGUGGUUUUUCCGGCAUCGUGAUCACAGGGUGGCAGCGCUACGACCACUUUGCCACUUUGUGUGAGCUGCUGCCGUCAGGCCUUCCCUCCUUGGCGCUCGACAUGCUGGCCACCAGCCGCGGCUACUUCAACCAGUCGCUGCGUUCGCCUCUCGACUCAGCCAUGAACUGUCCUGCUUCCAGCAGACAUAUGGUCAGCUUAGACCGCGACGCCUUCCUGUGGGAGCGCUUCUCCUCCUGCGCUUUCCCAGGCGCCGCCGUCUUCAGGGUUAUGUCCAGACUGGAGAACCUGGAGCGGGACACGGAAGAGUUCCUUUUGCUGGUGCGCAAGAAAAAGGCGUGGCUGACCGAUUACAACGUGCGACACAAUUUCACGACGCCGCUGCGGCUGAAUGAGCUGAUGCAGGACCACUCGCGGCUGCAGCACUCUGCGCUGAGCGUGUCCAAGCAGGCGAGAGACGCCCUGUCGGAGGUGUUUGACCAGCACACAGUGGGCGAGUGGCUCGAGCAGAAGAUGCAGCCGCUGCUUGAGGUGCUGGAGCGCGUUGGUGCCGACUCGACAGCGCUGAGACGGCGCAUCUUCUGGCCCGUACGACCUCUGCCGCAGGGCCCGGCCCUGCGCAAGUUCGGCAUCGAUCUGCACUGAUAAGAGAGACUGCCACCGUUGCCAAAUGUGAUCGUCAAAGUUUCCGGAAAAGACUUUUGGCCGCCGCGACGAGCAGACAGAGUUUAGAAACACGUAUUUACGCAGUCCGCGCUGGUGGCUCUUUCCUCAUUUGCUUGAAGGGCAACUAGGUGCACUCGAUCGGCUCCCUAGAACUGAUCUUGCAGCUCUUUCUUGAUACUUGCCGGUAAAUGCAUUCUAUUCUGCAGGUUUGUCAUUGCUGCCAGGUAUCAAAGAACGAACUAUUUUUAUCGAUGUGGGUUGUCAGAAUUCGAAUCAAGUAUUAAGUUAGUAUUAUUUAUUAUUUUAACUUAAAUUAUGUAUCACGCGUGUUUUACGAUUUGACUUUGUACGUGUACCUUUGAUUUCUUUCUUGAGAUUUUACUGUAAAUGCAACAUCACACGAAGAGAGCAUUUUUUUCUGUUAACGUAUGCAGGUUGUUUCCAUGACGUUUUUUUGUGUUCAGUAUGAGUGACAAAAACAGAUGCAUUGAGAUUUGCUGUGAUUUUACAAGUGCAAGCACUGAGGCGACACCCACACUGACUGACCAGAGAUUUAUUCAAAGCGCACAUACACACACACCCACGUUUUAAGAGCAGGCGAGAGUGUGACAGACACCAAGCUAUCUUCUGCUGACAAUGAGUCGGAUUCUUUCGAAGACAAAAACUUUUAUGUGAUAUACUAAGAAGAAAGCAAGCAAUUUGUACUCCUUAUUUCCUCCGCCGCUUACUCUGCGUGUAUCUGAGUUUGGCACGCUGCCGUGGCCACCAGCUAGAGAAAAUUAGUUCAGGACCACGUCUUGGUUGCCCCCUUCUUGACUUGAUGAGCAAUGUUCAGCGUUCUGUCGCCUAGUUUGUGAAUGGGUCCAAGAGUGGUCGUUGCCACGCCCCAAGACAACAAGGCUUACCUUCCUUGCAUGAAGCAGUAUUUCCUUUUAUCUUAUUUUUAGCUGAACCAAAGAAUCUUGCUUUGACUUAACUGAAAUUAUAAAGAGACGGCCGCUGGUGUAACGUUAAUUAACAACUAGUAUAAUUACGAUCAUCAGUAGAAUAUGUCAUCAAUUGAACCAAUCUGUAUUUUAGUUAUGGUAUUAUUUUUCAUAACUUAUCUGUUUUAUGCAGUAAUGUAAAGACGUCUCUAAUUCGGAAUCACCCAAAUAAAGGCACCAUAAUAAUCGUGCUUCUAUAUAA